AGUCGAUCGAUCCCCUAGAAAGCGUCACUCGGUAGUCGUCGCAACAAAUGCGAGAGUUUGCUAUUGCUAUAGCUCAACAUCACAAACAAAAAUGAGUGAAGCAUUGCGCGAGAAGUCUAUUUGUUGACUCAGAACCCGCCUCCCGGCCGAGUGGACUGCGUAGAACACAAGACGACGAUCACGCGUGGCGCGGCUAGUCGUAGUACAAACCCCCCACACGACCCAGUAGUCCACGCGCUCAUUCAGUACGCGGAAGAACAGUACCGCUCAUUCAGUAGAACACCCUCACUAAGCGCACCAUCUGUAAUUAGUGGAGUGAGGUCGACUGAGGAAUUGGCAUGAAAAGGGACGGUCAGUACGGUGUUUGUCGCUUUCCCAAAGUUACAGGAUGCGUGGUUCGUUGCGUUUUGAAGAAUUGUGUUGUGCCAAACGGCGCAUCGACUGCGUUUUGGGCAUAGAGACCACGAUGCAUGGCUCCGUCCGAACGGGGCUGGUCGGGGAGCAUUCUGGUCUAAGCUUGACAUGCUGGCUCUCACUGGCUGAAACGAAUGAUGUUAAGGCUAAUGUCUAGGCUAACUACAUACUUUCACUCCUGCUUUAUUUUUUUUUGGCUUUCCGAUUAAUAUUUUUCCGCUACCAGUACGUGGCAGAAAUAUUUUGUAAGCACAAUGAUACCGAGGAAAGUACGUAUGUCAAUGUGAAGCUAGCUUGUUCUCUAAUGCUGCAGACGGGAGCCGCCCGCUCAGCUUGGAGGCACAGCUAGGCUACUUGGAGAGCCUUGCAGCGCAGUUGACGCGAUGCACUGAGGCGGAGGAAACUGCACUAAAACAGCAAUACGAUGGCGGGCCACGGCACGCGGUCGGGCGAUCGUAUCGCCGAAUCCAAGUGGUCGCUCGAGGAAGUACGCCUCUUUUGAGUUGCCAAGAGCACGUUGUAGCACCCAUCUCUGCGGCUACUCUACCAGUCCGCAACAUCAGCGAUACAAGUAAGAAGGGCACUUCUUCUAUUCAUAUAAGCAUUACCGUGAAUAAUCACGCUGCAGUUCAGAGCAGCAACUUGAUUAAGACCUACAUGUCAUGCGAUUUUGCGAAGUCGCUGGUCCUCCGCGUGAAAUCAUGGGCGAGGGACCUCCGCAAGUACAGUCGGGACGUUGCUUCCACCCAACGAAUUGAUAGCACAGCGGAUGACGAACUGGAGGAGGGCGGCCUUCUGUCAGGGUAUGCCUGGACCCUCAUCGUGAUUGCUUUUCUCCAAAGUCGCAACCUGCUCCCCAAUGUCCUUGACGACGAGCACCAGCGGCGCGCAGUGGUCUUAAGGCUCUUCAUGCCUCAUCUUCAAGUGCAGCUUCUCUGUAAGGUACUCCAGCACUGCUGGAACAACACUUACACUAGAAGGCUGCAAGCAUAAAUAGAAGAUGAACAGUAGACAGCGCCAAGAGCAUUGGGGGAGUGUUGGAACUACGAAGAGGACGGAAAGUUGCUGAAACGAGUGCGGAGCAUCGUGAGUCUAGUCCGGAACCGUCAAGCUCAACCGCCUCCGCCCGUCGCCGACUGCGUAGCCCUUUCUGCAGAUGAACUGGCACAGUUUGUGAACAUGUUAGAGCUUGAUUUUUUCAACGAGUUGGCCCUUCAUCUGCGAACCUCUGCCGCAGCUCCACUGCUUGGACUGGAGGUGAAGUACUGGUCCAUCGCCAACGGGGGAACAGCACGAUUUUUUCCGAGCGGAGGGGUUCCGUGGCGAGCGUUUCCCUUUGCAGUAGAAGACCCGUUUGAUUACGGCUUGGGUUUCAAUACUGUAAGUGAAUUACAACUUUAUGAUGGCAGAAGCUCGAUGACGACUAUAAGUGAAAGAUUACAACUUGUUGAUGACGAUAAGUGAUUACAAAUUGUUGAUUACAGCUUGUUGUGAUUGUCAGAAGACAAAGACAAGUAGGUCUACCAAGAUGCUCUUCGUUUCGUCAUGGUGCUGGAUCCUGCUGGAACUAUGUUCUUGUUCUAAUAUCAGCUUGAGCAGGAACAAAUGGAGCAAAGCUUGCAGCAGCAACCACCGGAGCUGCGAAGAAAGAUGCUGCAAUGCCAAAGUCUCACUUGCAACCAGCACCUCGAAAACAUGGUCCUAGUAAAGCUAAAGGAGCUGCAGCGGGAGCGCGCGUUCGCAAAGCAAAAAAGUACAGCUCAACGAGCUGCUGAUUCGUGCAUGCGGAGCGUCAUGGCCGAAAACGCUAAAAAUCAUGUUAUCAGCAGUUCCACAUCCACCUGCGGCACGACCACAGGUACGUCUAGGUCUAGCGGAGUAGGUGGAUCUACAUCUAAGACCAAGACCAUGAUAUCAAAAAAUAAGCUUUCCACGACCGUCGAGUACGAGCGGAGCCGAGUCGACGAGACCUGCGCAGACCGCCGGUCGCCAAGCACUGCUGGGACCGCGUCCACCUUCUCGGCCACUGCAUCAGAGAUGGAUGAUGACAAGGAAACUCUUCAGAACAGGAACUCUACUAAAAAAGUUAAGGCUUCCCCUAAUCCAUCUUCGGAAGCAUGUCAGAGACGUGCCCAGGAUGUGCCUCGAGAUGGAUUACUAGGGUGAGCGCUAAUAAAAGUAAUGCCCAUUUUGUGAUGAACGCGAACGCAUGUCCAUAUGCACCGCAGACCUGCGAACACGUGGAUGCGAUCCCUUUUAAACCGGCUGGUCCGAAACUUAGCAGUGAAGUCCUGACCUUUGACAAUUCGACUCUCGACGCAGGAAGCGCGACGGGGCCACUGUGGUGUGGCAACAGCAUGUUGGAGCCCUACCACGAUACAAUAUCUCCACAACCAUGCUAUGACGCAACAGGAGAGUGGAACCAUGCUGAAUUUAUUCAGCCUGGCAUGACUUUUGGCGAGGAUCAACACGUCCACUUUACCGUGCGUACGUCUGAGUCGAGCUACAGUGCCACUAGUCACUGCCAUAGUGGAGUAGCAGGACUGGGGCCCUUGGCCAACGAAGGUUCGGUGUACGCCGAAAACGCCGGUGGCGUCUACGUGGCAAGCGAAGCGAAACGAGCAUUCACCGAUGAAGCAACUACCUGUUCCAGCGGCAGUGCCGUAGCAGCUGCUUAUUCUCCGGGUGAGCCCGUCUACAUCAAUGAGACGGGGACAUACAACAUUGAACCGACUGCCUACAACACGCAUGAUGCAACAGGCUACAGCAACGACGCAGCAGCUUUCACAAAUAAUGCCACUGACUCCUUUCACGACGAAAUAGCCGUCUACGGCAACGGUCACGAACAGGCUCUCUUGGGCACACAGUCCUGCCCGUACGCGAUAAAAGAACCUGAUCACGAGAAGUUCGUGUGGGCGAAGACGGGCCUUGAGGGCGUCGUUGAGAAAUACUACAAGCGCGAUUUUCACCUUCGACUACGUGGAACUCUCCUUAAGGCAUGCGCAAGUCUAUCUUCUGAACAUCCUGAGAAUGCUCUGAGGGGAAAAGGGGGUCUAGGUUGCACUUUAUUUGAUCAUAUAUUUAUCAUUAAUAUAGGGGAUGGUGCGCUAAUCACUUGGACCAAUUGAUAUCUGAUGACACCGAUGUGCUCCCAGACGGAUGGUCGUUUUUCGUUGAUGACUCAACAAAAGACGAGUACUGCUGUCGCAUCAACGAGAAGAACACCGAUGACAAGGACAAUGACGAGUGUGAGGAAUCUUUAGACGAGAACUGUUGUGAUUCAACAUCUGGCGCUGUGUCACUCGAGCACGUGCAGAAGGCAGAUGUGCGAGAGCUAGAGCGCUCUGGUGAGAGUGUGGCGAUGUACCUACGGCGAAACUUCAGCGCCACCGUGCUCUUAGUUUCCAUAGGGCCUGUGCCGGAGGAGAAACGCGCAGAGCUCGCCGCGUGGCUCCGCACGCGAAACAAUUUUCCCACGCACAUUGCUUUUGAGUUUCUCGAAAGUGCUUCCGAGACGCUGAAAAAACGGUUGUGGCGCUGUCUCGCGGUAUUCCAUCCGAAAGCUGUAAGCGCAGGUGGACACUUGAACUACAUCUUUGAAGCGGGAAGUCAGAAAAACCUGAAGCUCCGGUUCCAAAGUCCAAGUCUGUCACUGGAUUUCGUGUGCAACGGUAAAAGUAUAUACGAGAAAGGCUGGCGAAACUUUGGUGACAAAUCUUGAUUUCGUACCUCUGCCGCCACCAGCAUGUGUACACUUUGCCCAAAAUGAUCAAUCGAAAAAAUGACGGCGACUCGACAAUAUUCUGGGUCCGACGUGCGAUUGAAAACCAAACUUUGCCAAGACCCCCCGAAAUGCGGAACACGUGAACUCUGUCUGUGAAAAAGCCGAUGUCUGACAUUUCGCCCAAGAUUCCUACUGGGCUGAUGUUUCAAUUGCGUCGUGGCAAUAGCUACCCAUACUCGCUGCAACAGCUCGUGUUUCGCAGAAAUAACCAGGAUUCAGCUUACAAUUCUUUUAUUUGCAGCUGAGGUCGGCUUUUCACAAAUGUAAUACAAUGGGAGCAAUGCGGCGAUGGUGCGGCGUCGGUGCCAAUCAGUAGCGCAUUUGAUGAACUACGCGCGGCUCAUAGGAGUUGUGAUUUUCUUGGAAUAGGCGCGUUACAUGCGUGUCCGUUCUUUCGAAAGCAUUUUCGAGUGGUCCCACCUUCUGGCGCGAGUUUUCCCCAUAAGAGAUUUUUGGGUUCCCAUCAUUUUGGAGUCCCUACAAUGACCAGCUUCACAACUACGCGAACACAGAUCAAUGCGUGUGGAGAAAAACAUAGCUUCAUCUUUAUAAAUACCAAAUUCCACGAGCACGACAUGAGCGUACUUUGUUCGUACCGGCCACGGACUUUCGGAGGUUACAACUGGUCGCCUUGGCGGUAGAUUUGAACAUCCACUAUAAAUGUGAGAAACAUAUAGAGAGACGAAGGCAGUGAUUGCUGCC